AUGACCGCCCAUGACCACCAUGACCCCAGCAUGGGUCUUCCACAGCUGUUUUGUGUCCCAUCCCAAUACGCCCUGGAGAUGGAGGCAGGGGCCUUGAGCAACCAACCCUGCAAUGCUUUGGCAUAUGUCAACCCAACCGGCUGGGCAACAGCAGAGAAAGUUCAGGGACUGAAAGCAGACGCCUGCCCUUGGUCAGCAAGACCAGCAGAGCUGGGGCCACCUGUACUGGAAGGGGGACCCAUGACCGCCCAUGACCACCAUGACCCCAGCAUGGGUCUUCCACAGCUGUUUUGUGUCCCAUCCCAAUACGCCCUGGAGAUGGAGGCAGGGGCCUUGAGCAACCAACCCUGCAAUGCUUUGGCAUAUGUCAACCCAACCGGCUGGGAAGAUCCGUCCCUGGAGAAACACUUCAAAGGCCACAGAGAUGCCGUCACUAGCGUGGACUUCAGUCUCAAUAAGAAACAAUUGGCAAGUGGCUCGAUGGAUUCGUGCCUGAUGAUCUGGAGUAUGAGACCUCAGAUGAGAGCCUAUCGCUUUGUGGGCCACAAAGAUGCAGUGAUGUGUGUUCAGUUUUCACCUUCUGGUCACCUGGUGGCUUCAGGCUCUAGAGACAAAACAGUCCGUUUAUGGAUUCCUAGUGUCAAAGGAGAAUCUACUGUCUUCAAGGCUCAUACGGCAACUGUAAGAAGUGUUCAUUUCUCCAGUGAUGGCCAGUCCUUAGUUACAGCUUCUGAUGACAAAACAGUCAAAGUGUGGAUGGUUCACAGGCAGAAGUUUCUGUUCUCACUUAGUCAACACAUAAACUGGGUUCGCUGUGCCAGAUUCUCUCCUGAUGGACGAUUAAUAGUGUCAGCCAGUGAUGAUAAAACUGUCAAACUGUGGGAUAAAACCAGCAGAGAAUGUAUACACUCCUUCUGUGAGCAUGGGGGGUUUGUGAAUCAUGUGGAUUUUCAUCCCAGUGGUACAUGCAUUGCUGCGGCUGGUACAGAUAACACAGUGAAAGUGUGGGACGUUAGGAUGAAUAGACUUCUUCAACAUUAUCAAGUGCACAGUGCUGUGGUAAACAGUCUUUCCUUUCACCCCUCUGGAAACUAUCUGGUUACUGCUUCCAAUGAUUCAACUCUUAAAAUUCUGGACUUGCUAGAAGGAAGACUUCUGUAUACCCUUCAUGGUCACCAGGGGCCAGCCACCUGUGUAGCCUUUUCAAGAACUGGAGACUUUUUUGCCUCUGGAGGUUCUGAUGAACAGGUGAUGGUGUGGAAGACUAACUUUGAUGCAGCAGAUUAUGGCGAUGUACUGAAAACACAGAAGUCUGGCACUAGUGUGGAUGGGACCCAUCACACUCUGCAAUCAGAAAUGGAUUGUGGUGUUCAUCUUAAGAAAACAAAACCUCAGGAUUCUGGUAGAAACCAUGCACAGCAAGAUGAGGAGACCAGUCUCGCAAAUACCUUGGAGCAUAUUAUGGAACAGCUGGAUGUUCUGACUCAGACGGUUUCCAUCCUGGAGCAGAGGCUGACGCUCACUGAAGACAAGCUGAAGGAAUGUCUUGAGAAUCAGCAGAAAAUCAUUCAGAACAAACCAAGCUGAUUUCCUGAGAGAAGAUGGGAGCUGAAGGCAUUGGGAGGUUUGAGGUUGUUUGUGUUCCUAACAGACUGUGUGUGACUUGCUUUAAUGAUUUCGAGCACAAUCUAUUUUUCAAUUGGAAUGUACAGUUACUGCAUCUGUAAAAAAGCUUUGUUACUUUACUAAAAUAAAAGGAAUAUUUUA